AUGGGAAAAGUUCUUGCAUCUCAAAUGGGCAAAAGCAACUUUAGACUUGCUGUCAAAGAACGAGUGGAUAAAUGGGCAAGGAAUCUUGACCCCCAUAUUGUUUUCAGUUUUUUUGAGUGGAGGAAAAAGAUAGCCCAGGAGAGACAAGCUUUUCUAUGGGCUUGUCUUAAAAGCACUGUGAUGAAUGCAACUAGAUUUGGACAAAGGUUGAUCCAAGAUGACUAG